GGUUGUAGGCUGUUAUCUAAAUGCCUGGUGUAUUAGCCAGACUUCAGGAACUCCUCAAUGUUCAACCCAAAAAGUGUGGAGACAACCUAAGGUGCUUCUUCGACACCUUUAACCAACAAGACCCACCUACCCCGGUUUCGGCCCGUAACUACGACCACGCGGCAGACGAGUUUAUGGGACUUGGCCGUAACUCUCGGCCUCGCCCGGUUACUGAUAUCAAUGGUGUGGUACGUAAGCUUCAUGACCGUAACGGGCAAUUGUUUAAUGUCGCUCCGAACAGCGAUGCUAGAUAUUCCCCCAAGUGGUUUUCGGCCCUUUCCAUCAGUAGUGCGGCCCGUUCUGGAUGGCUUCCAAAACCGAUGAUGACGUGGAUAGGACUGAAGACUCUGCUCGACAACAUUGGUGGAGACGUUCCUGAGCCUGUAUGACUUGUUCGGCCCGUAUUGCUCCUGUAAUUAGUUGCAGUUCGGCCCGUUGCCAGCCAUUGCCGAUGAUAAAGCAGAUAUGAUGAUAGACUAUAUGAUGAUUAGCGUAUCUUUUAAUUUAAGUUCGUGCCGAGGUUUUGCGGGGAGGGGAUGUUAUGGGACGAUGUCCCAGAAGCGUCACUCGCCAUGAAAACCUUCGGCCCGUCUUGUGUGUUGUGACCAUUGCUCCAUUUGUGUAGUACGCUAAGCUGUGUAGCUAGCACGCUAGAGUGUUGCAAGAUCACUACUCAUAAGUGAGUGCGGAAUUGUCCGUAAGCAUUUACGGUUCUAUCGUAUCUACUGUGCACUGGAAGUGUACUCUAAGAUU